UAAAGAAGCAGAAAAUAACCCUGAACGUAAGCAGCAGCAGUCCGCAGGCCAGUCGUGUUGUGCGUCUCACAGUGUUAACUAGUGACAUUAAACAUGGUUCUGGACACAGAAGAUUGGGCCGAUGAGCUGCCCCCAGAACAAAUUGCCGUCCUCCGCAAGGCCUUCGACGGCUUCGACCACAACCGCUCGGGCAGCAUCCCAUGUGACUUCGUCGCGGACAUUCUCCGGAUGAUGGGACAGCCCUUCAACAAAAAAAUCCUUGAAGAACUCAUUGAGGAAGUCGAUGCUGACAAAUCUGGCCGUCUCGAGUUUCCUGAGUUCGUGACUCUGGCUGCUAAGUUCAUCGUUGAAGAGGAUGCUGAAGCCAUGCAAAAAGAGCUCCGCGAAGCAUUUAGGUUAUACGACAAGGAAGGCAACGGUUACAUUCCCACGUCGAGCCUGCGCGAGAUCCUGCGCGAGCUGGAUGAGCAGCUGACGGACGACGAGCUUGACGGCCUCAUCCAGGAGAUCGACACUGACGGCAGCGGCACCGUUGACUUCGAUGAGUUUAUGGAGAUGAUGACCGGAGAAUAAACAUCAAACAUCAACGUUACUCUUUAUUUAUACUUACGGUUUAACUUAAGGAUACCUUCUUACAUUUCAAUACUUCAACUUUUCGAGGCUUGAGGAACAUUGGACACCAAAACACAUAACUACAUUUACAGCAACAUAUUGUAUUUAAUAUAAAAGUAUUAUGUAUGUAUUGUACAAAAUAAUAUUUGCUCUCGUCUAAUUGAUGUGUGUGGCUGAGUAAUGUUUAUAUCUACUUAUUAAUAAAACUUUUAAUAUACUA